AUUCGAAGUAAAAUCUCUAAGUGCUAAAGCUAAGCAUGGCACCUAAAAGGAGAAAGGGGUUCGGUAAUCAUGGACAUGGUAAACAUAAGAGGAAAAAAAUUAACUUGAUGACGAUUCGUCAAAAAAAUGAAAUACGACAGUUUGGUGAGCUUCACCCGAUAAACGACAGAGACAAUGUCAAGUCUUACACAAAGGUCAAGGAUGUUGAGGAAGUGCAUAGUAGUAAAGAUCUGGAGACAUCGGAUGAAAGUGAAGAAGAGACGCCUGUAAUCAAACAACUUUUGGCGGAGAUUGGUGUGAAGGAAGAUGAACCCGAGUCUGAGAAGGAAAGCAGUGAGUCAGACGACAGCGAGGCAGCAGAUUCUGAGGAUGAAAACGAUUCAGACUUGUUAGAUGAAACCAGCGUCUCUGAGAGUACAAGUCACAAGUUAAAAAACAGUAAUAAAAAACAUUUGGUGCUUGAUGUUGAAGAAAAUGAGGAAAGUAGUUCAGAAGAUGACAUUGACACAGAUGAGGAUGAAAACGAUUCAGACUUGUUAGAUGAAACCAGCGUCUCUGAGAGUACAAGUCACAAGUUAAAAAACAGUAAUAAAAAACAUUUGGUGCUUGAUGUUGAAGAAAAUGAUGAAAGUAGUUCAGAAGAUGACAUUGACACAGAACUAGAGAAAUCACAAUUAGUAACAGAAAAUAAGGCUGAUGAUGAUGAAGCCAUUGAUGAUGAAGAUGGUGGAGAUAUAGGUGAAGCUGAGGCUAAUAUUCAAGAAACUAAUAAUGAGGAUCAAAGUGUUACGCACAGAGAAGUUCCAUUGAAUGAAGAGUUGGAAGAUUUUGAUGGAGAAGAGACAGAAGAACACAUCCUAAAGGAAUCUGACCCAUUCACCCAGCACUUUGAACUUGAAAGAGAUAUCUCAGAUUUAGUUGAGAAUGCAGACGUGAAAUGGAAGAAGCAAGAAAUGAAGCUGCCCAUUUUAGGAAACAGUUUAAUGUUUUACAAAGAUGAAGAGUUCUUACCUGAGCCAGACACCCAGACAGACCUUAAGAAAUAUGUUAAACAUAAACUAGUCAGGGCUGUGGCAUCCACCAAUACAGAAUUAGCUAAUGUCCAGUUGAAACCUGGAGCCUCACUGAGCCCUCUCCAACAUCGACUGUUUUGUGCUAUGAACUGUUAUCAAGAUCUUCUGUACCCAAAACAAACCAUCAAGAAUACAGAGGAGAUUAGAGUUCUAUAUUGUCUUCACGCUCUGAACCACGUCUUAAAAACCAGGAGCCGUGUCAUAGCCCAUAAUGUGAAAGUGAAAAGUAAAAAAGUGGACCUCAGUGAUGACGUAGACUACAGAGAUCAAGGACUGACUAGACCCAAAGUGUUAAUGCUGUUGCCUUAUAGAGACAGGGCACUUAAAGUAGUCAAUAUGAUCAUACAUUUGUUGUCUGGGACACAACAGGCCAGUGUGAGUAACAGAAAACGAUUUGAAACAGAGUAUUCAGAAAUGGAAAAAACGUAUUUAUCCGAGAAGAAUUAUAAACCAGAGGACUUUAGAAAAAUUUUUGAAGGAAACAUUGAUGAUAACUUCCGACUGGGCCUGAGCAUCUCAAAAAAAAGUCUUCGACUCUACAGUCCGUUUUAUGAAUCAGACAUAAUAUUGGCUUCUCCGCUUGGUCUUCGGAUGAUUAUUGGAUUAGAAGGAGACAAGGAAAGAGACUUUGAUUUUUUGUCAUCUAUUGAAGUUUUAAUCAUAGACCAGGCUGAUAUAUUCCUCAUGCAAAAUUGGGACCACUUCACACAUGUGUUUAAACACCUUCAUCUUCAGCCGAGGGAGUCUCAUGGAGUCGACUUCUCACGUGUCAGGAUGUGGUCUGUUAACGGCUGGAGCAAGUUCUACCGCCAGACUUUGAUCUUCAGCUGUGCCUUACUCCCAGAGUUACUGAACAUCUUCAACAAACAUUGUCACAAUUACGCUGGUAAAAUUUUGGUCCAACGAGAUGACCAAGUAGGGACUAUUAGAUCAAGCGUCUCUGACUCACCACAGCUCUUUCAUCGUAUCCAGUGUGAUGCUCCUGAUGGUCUGUCCCAGAGAAAAGCAAAGUUUGAUUACUUGAAGAAGAAAAUUAUUCCAUACUACACAUCUGCUGGAAUGAAACAGGCUUUAAUAUACUGCAACUACUACAGUUUUGUCAUGUUGAGGAAUUACUUCAGAGAGUCUGAGAUGGACUUCCUGUUUAUGAAUGAGUAUGACUCCGAGAAGAGUGUCAGAAAUGCUCGCAUACACUUCAGGAAAAGACAUCCACAUUUUAUGCUUUACACGGAGAGAUUACAUUUUCAUUACAGGUUCAGACUGAAAGGUAUUCAUCACAUCAUUUGGUUUGACCUCCCACAGUAUCCAGACUUUUACCCAGAGUUAGUGAACUUGAUGGAGACCAACAGACAGUCUUGUACUACAACUGCGCUUUAUACAAAAUACGAUGCUCAGAAACUUGUGGAAAUCAUUGGAAGUAAACAAGCUGCUCAUAUGUUGAGUUCAGAGAAAACUGUCAACAUGAUCUCCAUGUCAUGACAAAAUAGUAACACACACAAAAACCCACACUAUUUUUAUACUAUAAAAUAAAAAACAACAUCCAAUUCUAUUCUGAUUGUACAGCAUUCAAAUAAUUUAUAUUUAUCAUAUACAUAUGUAUGGUUAUUUCAUGAAAGUAAAAAUUAUUUUAAAAUAUAACUGUUUGGUUGUAUUUUUACAUCAGUAUAUGGAUAUAAGCAAUCCACUUCUAUAAAAUACUUCCAACUCCUCACAUGUGGUUCCAUCAGAAAUCUCAGGAGAAUGGGCAAAGAAACUGGCACUUAAACCAGUAAGCAUCUGGCAGGAGGUGCUCAUCAGCUUUGGCUUGCUACCCACUUAGGAGAAGGAUAAACUCUGAACCAAACCUUUGUGGAUUUGUCUUGCAAAAGGUUUCAUGAGUCACUCAAGAAAAAAAUCAGGAGCUGGCUAUCAUUAAGCAGCUUGCAUUACACAGAGCUAUAUCUAGUGCCGCUGAUCCCAAAAUUUAAUGGCUACCUACUUCAGCUGCAAGCAAGGGGGGUAAUUGCUGUGUGGGGGACAUUAAAACCAUAGCUAAUGCCCAAGCUUAAAUCUCAUUUUCAGAUAUGAACAUUAGUUGUUCCAGGACUUGAGGGGAUAACAAAGUAUUGAAUUGUGGAGAAUCUGACAUUUAAUUUUUCUCAGUAUAAGACUCAACUUUUUGUUUUUUCUUUAAACUUUUGAAUAAAUGCAUCCUUUUUUUCUUGACUGA